UAUUUCGAUACUUGUUGAUAAUCUGACUUUUUAACAGUUUCGUUUCCAUUGAACGUUUCCAAACGUUUCGCGCAACAUGAACAUGACGAGAACGAGAGGUCAUGACGAAGAGUUUGCGCGUGCGCAAUGUCGAACUGGAGUAUCCGGUCCGGAUGUGCAACUUGCAAGUGCAAGUCUCCCAACCUUUUCGAGAAAGAGGGGAAAUUCGGAAUCCUGCCUUGAACUCGUCGUCGCGCGACAGGACGAGCUUUCCCGAGGACGGAUAUGGCGCGGAUUGGUCCGGAUUCACGGAGCGGCGUACCGUCGUGAGGAAUGCACGUACGUCGAAAUCAGCAGCGAAUCGUCGCGUUCAUCGUCGCCGCGCUCUCUGGGAACGAGAGGAUCCCCCUGCCAUCUCCCCGCCCCGCCCGUGCGUCGGUCGCCGUCGGUGACUAGGAGUUAGGAGCGUUUGGUAGGAGAGCAUCGAGAAAGAGAGGAGGAGUACUUCGGUGUUCCGUCGAUAUCAGUCGACAUGGCCGUCGUCGAGGAGUUCGAUUACCUGUGCCGCCUGUGCGCGGCCAAGACUGGUCUCCUGAUGGGUCUGCCGAUAUUCGAGGCCGGCGAUCAGAUGCGUAACAUCGACAAGAAGAUAGCGGCUUGUCUGCCGGUCCAGGUGUCACUGACAGAUCAACUGCCAAAAGUAGUUUGCGAAGAGUGUGCAUACAAAUUGGACCAGUUGUUUGAUUUUCGUGAAAAAUGCCUACUCACAGAGGGCAUGUUCAUGGAAAUGUUGAAAGAGAUUGGAAAAGAGAAAGUCGUGCACAUAUCGGAGCAUGAUCUGGCAAGUGUGGAUAACAUGGGCACAAUUCAGAGAAAUCUAAAUAGCAUACAGAUUAAUAACGAAAAUGUACAAAGCCAUUCGGCUGUGGUUCACGAGGCUGCGGAAUCUACUAUACACACGAUGCAAGUGAUAGAUGAGAUGGACCUGGCUGGUGGUGAGCAAGUAGUCACUCAGGAAGAAAUGGCUCAGCAGGAUGCAGAUAUACAGGGUAUUGACUGUCUGGAUGGUGACACCGUACGAAUGGUUGACGAACAUAUACGAGAGGUUUCAAAUCAUCAGAUUGCAAUGCACUUGGAUAGCGACAUAACUGUAGUAGGAAACCUGGACGGCCACUUGAGUCAAUUAGGGAUAAAUUAUGUUACUUCUAUCAAUCCUGACGAUCAAAGCCAGGAGCAAAUAGUGCAUUACUGUGAAAAUGUAAAAUAUGAAACGGAUCCAAUAAAGCAGGAAUACCACAGAUUGCAAGAUAGAUUAACCACGGAAGAGUCUCAGCACGUGACUCUUGGCAAAAAUGAUGUACCAGUAGAUAAUUUUGUCUCCCCCCAAGCUGAAACAGAAAGUGAAAUAGAAGAAUCUUGCAUGAAUGAAAAUGGAACUCGCGAACACGUGGACUCUGUGAACUUACCAUCUACAAGUCAGAUAAAUGGCGUACAUUGCGAAAUAAUGGUUAAAUACACGAAGAGGGCGAAACAAGCAUUAUUGGAAUCUACGGUCGGCAAUCCUACUAUUGACGAGACUGGUUCGCACUGGUAUGUGUGCCCCUUCUGCAACGAGGCAGCUUUAGAGACGACCAAUCUAGCCGCACAUUUCGAGCAGCAUUUCUGCUGCUGUCCUUGUGGCUUAUAUUUUACUAGUGUUGAGGUAUUAAAUCUACAUAAAGAAGAAUGCGAUGUGUAUAAAACUGAAGCAGUCGAUAAGGAGAGAAAGAACGCACAGUUAAACGUAGUAUCAUCGCAAGAUAGCAAUGACAAUCGGGAGGUGGAAGGGCAGAAGAAACAAUCGACGGUGAGGCGGAAAUGGACCGCGAAGGUGUGCACAGAAUGCGGCAAGCAAUACAAAUCAAAUUACAAGUUACAGGAGCACAUGCGCAAGCACACAGGCGAGAAACCGUUCCAGUGUACGACAUGCGAUAAGGCGUUUCGCAGCAAGAUCGGCCUCGCGCAACACACGGCUACACACACGGGCCAAUUCGACUACAACUGCUCCACGUGCGGCAAGGGAUUUCAAUGCAAGAGCUAUCUCAUCGUACACCAAAGAGUGCACUCAGACCUGAAGCCGUAUUCGUGCACCAAGUGCAGUCAGAAUUUCAAGACAAAGCAAUCUUUGCUCGAUCACGAAAAUCGUCACCUCGGCGUGAAGCCAUAUAUGUGCGAGAUCUGCGGCCGCGGUUUCAUUACCAAGGGUCUUUGCAAGAGCCAUCAGAAGAUACACUCUGGUACCGACAAUCGUCAGUACCCAUGUGCAGUCUGCAACAAGAUGUUCGUCAGCAAGAGCUAUCUGAACACGCAUUUACGCAUACACACGGGUGAGAAACCGUAUCUGUGCGAGGUAUGUGGCAAGGGAUUUCUUACGCGGGUUGACCUGAGAAUCCAUUCAACUAUGCACACCGGCGAGAAGAGUUUUAAAUGUGAGAUGUGCGGGAAGGUGUUUGCUCGACGCGCGGCGCUACGCUGCCACCGACGGUCGCACACGGGCGAGCGUCCUUACAGAUGCGAUGUCUGCAACAAAACGUUUACGCAAUUCAGCCCGAUGGCGAUCCACAAGCGCCUACACACUGGCGAGCGGCCGUACGAGUGCGAAGAGUGCGGCAAAGCCUUUGUGUCCAGAUCGACCAUGAUGUCGCACAGAAAGAAGCAUCACGUCACGACCACUGUACAAAAGGAGGCAUCUGUACCGCAUAAUGAAAACGCGGAAGUCAAGAUUCUCCUCUCUGAUAUUAUAGUUAGAGAUGCGCACGAUGGGAUUCAAAUCACUACGGAUUGAAGUCCUGAUAGGAAAUACUCCUUCGAGUAGAAACUCACAGAAGCGAAUCACAUUCAAGUGUUAGGUGGGACGUAAUCUGGGUGCUAAGAAAAUUUCAUUCGCAUUUGUUAAAUAACGAACUGCUUUCAUCACCACAAUGUAUUCUGUCAGUGUACAUUUUCAAAAACUUUAUAUAAAGAUAUUUUUACAAGUAUAGUUCUUGUGGUAUAUGGAGAUUGAAAGUUAUUAUAUAUUGAAUUAUUGAGAUGCAACAUGAUUUUAUUGAUAGCAUGAUGAUAUUCUAUAUCAUCUCUUAACUUUUUUUUCGUGGUAUCACAUUGUAAUUUCAAAUCAUGUAAAUACAAGUUUUUUAUAUCAAUAUCUACAUUGCUCCUUCUGAAACAUCUAAUGAUUUUAUUUGUCUACGAACAAAUAAAAUAAUUCUAAAAUUAACAAGAUUCAGCAUGAGCAAUAAACGCGUUGUUUUAGUUUUCAAAAGAUUGUAGUUAUUAAUAAAUUUUAAAGUCAUAUAUAUAUAUAUAUAUAUAUAUGUAUCACAUGAUUUUUUUAAGUAAUUAAUAAUAUAAAAAAAUAUCAAAUACUUGAUUUUGAUUUUCACAAUUAAGUUUGAAUAAAAAAUAAGAGUAUAAAAACGUAUCAACGAGUAUUGGAGAUUUAUGUAUUAAUGUAUAAAAUCCACGAUUUUUUUCUUAUUCCACUCACAAGUAUAUAUAUAUACAUUUGCGCAUUAGAGUUUUCUUAGAUUAAUACAUCUUUUAUAUAUUUCUGAAUUUUCACUUGUUCAUAAAAAAAGAACAUUAACAUUGUAAGGGCCAAUUGUUCCAACUUCUUGAUAAAUUUAUGUAUCAGAUAAGCAUGUGUCUACCUUCAUUUUUUCAAAAUAAAUAAAGAUACAUAUUUAUCUGAGAGGUAAGUUUACUAAGAACUACUUUGAACAACCGACCCUUAGAAAAGUAAGAUAUUUUCUUAUAGAUAUAGUAGAGUAAAUAUUAGUAUUUACUACUAUAUCUAUAUUUAUUUAAUAAAAUACUAUUUAAUGAAUUGCGAAGGCUGAUGCUUACGACGAAACGAUGAUGAACAAUGCUUUUGUAAUUAUAAAUACUUUCUGAAUCAUCACAAAAUAAUCCAACAAAAAGUAGAUAUAAUUAUUACGAACAAUUGUAUAUUUUUAUACUGCUACCAGGAAACCUCUCGAUAAAUAUAAAUCAGCUUUCUGCAUUACACAAAGUAGGAAAUUGUGAUAUACGCGAUAAAAUAAUUGAAUAUAUUAUAUUUGUAAAAUUAAUAAAUGUAAUAUUAUCAAAGUCUUGAAAGAAAAUAUAAAAAGCUUUACAUCGA